AUGGAAAAAGAAACACGAACAGAGGCAACAAAUGAUGUGGUCCGGUGGAGAAUUAGCAAAAAGAAACACAAAAGGGCUAAAGGGGAAAGAAGGGUGGAGCAUAUUGGGACCGGUGAUGGCAGAUCGGUCGAUGGGGGCUGCUCUGACAUCUCCUCUUGCUUCUUCUUUCCUGACCCGACAAAACACGAAGAGACUAUUGCCUCUUUCAUCUCGCCGGAAAAUGAGGGGCAAGAGGUUGUUGCCUCUUUGAUGUCGCCGGAAAAAGAAAACAAGCACCACCAAGGAAAUAAGUGUUUCAUGUUUGGCGGGCACUCAUCCUUCUCAGCUACACCGCCGAUUUCAAGUUGCAGUCUGACCACCUACAGCGCCGGUCCACCUCCGCCGUCGCCGCCUCCCUCCUCGUCGCCUCCACCUUCGCUGGAAGUUGCUAGUGAUGGAAGAUAUCCACCAAUAAAACAGGUUCAUCAAUGUUUUGGAAGCAGGAUUGCAAGAAGCCCAAUGAUCCAAAAACAGAUUCAAAACGAGCCCUCUUCAAGGAGAUUGUUGAUGAAGAAGCACAUAAAUUUGAAUAUCAUAAUCCAAUUUGUUUGAACUGAUGUAUUGGAUGUUGUGUGAUGUUUAUUCUGUAUUUAGAAAAUAAUUUAGAAGGUUAAAAUGGUCAUUUU